AUGGAACUCCCAGACCCAUACAAGGGAGAUACCAGGGGGCGCAAGGCAACUCAGUGGCUAGAUUGCAUGCUGCUGUGGGUUGCCCUCCACCAGGAUCAAUUUGACAAAGAGGAGCAGAUGGUUGUAUGGAUAUUAUACCAUAUGACAGACAAAGCUGCCAAUUGGGCGCUUCCCAUCAUUGGGAACAUCAUCAAGGGCAAGGGGAACCCCCCAACCACCAUCCUGGCCCUAAUGGCCAAGUUUAGAGAAGCCUUUGCCAAUCCCAAUGCCAAGAGGGCAGCUGCCAGAAAGAUUGCUGCGCUGACUCAGACAACCACCACAUCUGAGUACGUUACCAAGUUCUGCAACCUCAUAGCGGAACUUGAUUGGAAUGAGGAGGCAUACAUUGCCCAAUUCACAUGCAGCCUCCACUGGAAGGUCAAGGAGCUCCUGUCCACCAAGGACAACAUUCCCAAUGAUUUGGAGGCUAUCUUUGCUGCCUCCAUCAAAAUUGACAAUACUUGUUGGGAAAACAAGGAGAACUGGCCCAAGAAGCAGCCAUCCAAGUCCCCAGCCGCCGUGGCCACCUCUGCUUCCAUCACCACCACUAGGGUCCAGCUAUCAGAAGACCCUAAUUAUGUCACUCUGGAGGAAAGGGACCAUUGCUGCGCUUUGGGGCUUUGCGUCAAGUGCAGACAGAAGGGCCAUGGAAUCAAGCAAUUCCCUAACGGCUGGAAAGCCACAGUCAAGGAGGUUGCCAAGGUUGCAGAGGAUGAAUUGGGAAAAGAUUUUGAAUUUGUAUCUCUUGGCCUAGACUCAAAUAAAAAACCAUUAUUAUUUAUUGAUCUAUAUGACCAAAACUCCUUGGCAGACCUUAUCAAAAGCCUCAUAGACUCCAGAGCCACCUCCAAUUUCAUAUCCCCUGCCAUUGUCAAAAAAUAUAAACUUCCAAAAACCCAACUUGAAAAUCCACAAGUUGUGAGAAUGCUAGAUGGGACUGUUGCUUUUCCUGAACAAGUUCAGAUUGCAUCCAAAGAAGACGCCAACUCCAACCCCCUAGCAGGCCUUCCAAAACAAUACCAUGAAUUUGCUAAGGUCUUCAAAGAGGAGUUCAAGGUCCUCCCCCCUCAUAGGGAAUAUGAUAUAGCCAUAGACCUACUUCCUGAUGCAAAACUUACUCCCAGCCUAAUUUACACCACAGGCAAGAUCUGCCCCAGUACCUCCUCAACCAGCGCCCCUGUGAUGUUUGUGAAAAAAGUGGACAGGUCUUUGCAAUUAGUGGUAGAUUACAGGAAACUCAACAAAGUAACCUACAAGAACAUUUAUCCUCUCCCUAGGCAAGAUGACCUCAUGGCAAAACUUAGGCACGCCAAGCUGUUCACAAAGCUGGACCUCAGAUGGGGGUACAAUAACAUUAGGAUCAAAGAAGGAGAUGAAUGGAAAACAGCAUUCAGGACUAAAUAUAGGCUGUUUGAAUACCUGGUCAUGCCUUUUGGCCUCACCAAUGCCCCAGCUGCCUUCCAACACUUCAUGAACAAUCUGUUUAGGGACCUCAUUGAUGUCACUGUGGUCAUCUACUUGGACAACAUUUUGAUCUUCUCCAAAAAACCAGAGGAACACCCAAGCCACAUGAAGGAAGUCCUUUCCAGGCUCAUGAAGAACCAACUGUUCUGCAAACUGUCCAAAUGUCAUUUCCACAAAACCACCGUAGACUACCUGGGAAUUGUCAUUUCCCCAGCAAGAUUUUCCAUGGACCAAAAGAAAAUAGAAGCUGUCACAUUGUGGCCCCAGCCCAAAACAGUCAAGCAGGUCCAGGCUUUCUUGGGAUUUGUCAAUUAUCUCUGCUGGUUCAUCCCCAACUUUAGCUCUGUAGCACAGCCGCUCCACAACCUCACAAAAAAGGAAACCCCCUGGUCAUGGGGUAGCCCAGAAGAGGAAGCAUUCCUAGAAUUGAAGUCCCUUGUCACACAAUUGCUGGUCCUGAUCCAUUCCAACCCCAACCUACCUUACUACCUGGAGACAGACGCAUUGGGAGUAGCAAUGGGAGCAAUACUCAGCCAGAAAGGCCCAGACAACCGGUUACACCCAAUCACUUACAUGUCCAAAUCCUUCUCAGGAGCCAAAGCCAACUAUGACACCCAUGAUAAAGAGCUCCUGGCCAUCAUUGUUACACUCCCUUAA